CUAGUCCAUUAUUCUACAUUCGACAUGGCCGUCUUUAUGCUGAACAUAUGUAAAUUUAACGGAUGUGGCAUAACAUUUCCACGACUUUCGGACUUAAUUGAACACAUCGAAGAUGUCCAUAUCGAUUACGAUCCCGCAGUCGUUGAGCAAAAGGAAGCUUCACAACCUGCAUGUAUACCACUGAGCUAUGUGUUGAAAUUCUUUACGGAAGCAUCGAGGCGGGAAAUUCAAAACAUGCCAGCGGCAGCCGACGUGCGUAGGCGCUUGCUCUCUGCACCGAAAACUCCUUCAGUGAGAAGCAGUACACCUACAGGUAGCGAGGUAGAUGAGGACGAGCUCAUGAGCCCUUCAGAAGACAGCAACGACUCUUGGACCACAGUAGAAGAGUACAGCUCCGAGUUUAUAUUGCGGUAUGGGGUCAAAAUGAACGCCAAUGCAUCAUCAGGAAUUUUAGGUCCCGCUGCCCAAGAGAAGCCCUUCGCUUGUCCAGUACCGGGUUGUAAGAAGCGAUAUAAAAAUGUUAAUGGCAUUAAGUACCACUCCAAGAAUGGACACAAGAAAGACGGCAAGGUAAAAAAGGCAUACAAAUGCCAAUGCGGCAAAAGCUACAAAACAGCGCAAGGGCUUAAAAGUCACUCGAUAUCGCAGCACAUCGUCCCAACCCCUAGUGAGGCGAGGGCCAAUAUUCCCAAAAUACCAAACUUUGUAGUAACCGCCUCUCCAGCUUCCCGCCCUAAUAACCCCCCACUAGACAACAUUGAUACGACAAAACUGGUCCGUAUCUAUGAUACAAUUAAAGCCAAAGAUCUUCCUUCAUUCACUAUUCCAAAACAUAACCUCACUCAUCUGAAUAUAAUAGCUGCGAAUCAGAGCCAAAGUCUAAGACAUUCAGUAUUGUUGACGCCUAAUUCGUCUCCAGUUACUAAUAUCGAUAGAAUCAAAUACGACCGAUCUCCAAAAGUGACCGUUACUCAGGAAGUGUCAUAUGACGUCACGAGUCUGUCUAUGCCCAGUGAUCGUAGAGGCUAAAUCUAGCUAAUCUAGCUAGAUAGCGUUUAUAAUUUUAGAUUAAUCACGCAGUUCCUAUAUAACUAAAAAGUCCUAAUUUUUUCUUUUUGUUUUGUUGAAGGUGUUGAUUUAACUUGGGAAGUUACGUUUAUUUUAAUUGUAUUUUUUCAGCAAGACAGAUUAAUUUUAGAAGACAAAAAAGUUAGUGUUGCUUUAAAAUUCAAAUUGAAUGUGUUAUUGUAUCUUUUUGUAAAAAAUUCGAGAAAACACAAAAAAAUGUGUAUUUCUAACUGAAUUAUAAUUAGGCAUGGAGAUAUAAAAAUGAGUACUCGUGCUUUUAGUGUUUAUUUAAGAAAGUGAUAUGGACUAGACUUAUGCAAAUGAGCAAAACCUGCACAUUCAUAUUUCAUUUUCAAAAUACCUUUAUAUCUAUGUUUUAUUCAUUAUAGAAGUUUAUUUUAUUGUUAAGUUUUUUAAAAGAUUAGUUUGCUGUGAUUGAAAUUUAUAUGUAAAUUUUUAACCAAAGUGACUAAAAUCGCUAGUUUAGCGUAAAUCCAAAGGAUUGUGUAGAGUAUAGUUUUAUAAUUUUUAUUCUGUGCAAUAUACCCUAAGUUUUGCUUUUAUCGCGUCAAAGGAUUUUCAUAUCUAUUACGACAGGGUAAUAUAUAUUUGAGUGGUAAAGUCCUUUGAGCUUAAGCUCCUUAAUAUUGGAAGUAUUUUUCUUAAAAAAAAAAAAAAAAUGUCAUUGUUUGCAACUUCUCGUGCCAUCUCAUAUUUUACACUCUGUGUACUUAAUGUGUAUUUCACGCUUAAAAAAUUCGUGUCAUACGUGUCGUCGAUUUUGUAUUUAAUUAUUAAAAAAUUGAAAAAAUAAAUAAAUAGCAUUUGCUGUUAAUAUCUAGGAUAAUGAAUCAUACUCGUAAAUGUGAUAAUAUACUUUAGAAGAAAAAAUACAAAAAAAAUGCUUGUAAGCGUAUACUAUAUUAAUGGUAAUAGUUGUAAGUCCUGAUAAUUUAUCCUGUCACAGGAUGUAAUGUGCUUAACUAUUUCCUCAACUGUAAUGUUAAUACUAUGUAAAUAGUAAUGAGUUACGAAGUAAUCGUAAGUUUUAUCUGAACGUUUCUGUAACAUAAUGACAUAUGACGUAACAUUUUUAUUAAACGGUUAUUUUGCAUAACGAA